UGUAUGUAACCAAAGUUGCUUAUAUAACCUAUAAAUAUAAGGAAACCCGAGUGAAAAUGAACGAUUUUGCCAUUGAAAAGUUUAAGCAGUUGGGAUGCAGAUCAAAGCUCCAAAUGUCGUUGGCUUUCCAAGUGCACUUGGAAUUGAAUGAAGUGAAGAAGUAUUGGGACGUCGAAUACAAAUAUAAUGAGCAAAUCGAUUGUCUGUAUCUGACUGCCUGCAAAUGCAAAAAUUCCGAUGCGACGACGUUCAUACCGAUUCCCGCUUGCCAAAAGUUGAAUUUCAAUGUUAUGAACAAGUACUUAGAAUUAAGCCAAAGUGUAUGCUUGGUGAUCUGCAAGGCGGACUCCACGUGCGUCUAUUACGAGAUCACAGUUGGGAUAGGCGUUCCUCCUCCCGAUGUUCCCAACACGUCGGCUUCGGUUCAAAGCAAAAGGGAGCAGCUGGACAAGGAGUUGCAAAAGAACAGAAAAGUCUUGGAGGAGAGCGCUCUGCACGGAAUACCAAUCACGCUGAAGUCGAAGGAUAAACCAUCAGAUAGCGACUACAGCGAUUGACACGCCGGAAUAAAACUCAUACAUCUCUCAUUUCU